AUGAAAGGGCUUGUGCCUGGCCGCCGCCGCGCGACCUCGAAUGCCAGCAGUCGAUCUUCAACAGGCGAAGCCAACGACUCCUUCGAAGAUGACACUCUCGUGGUCGAGCCAGAUCAGGGAAAUGUCCUGUCUCACAUCAUCUCCCAGCUGAGGCCCGGUGCCGACCUCAGCAAGGUGGUCCUCCCGACCUUCAUUCUGGAACCGCGCAGCAUGUUGGAACGCAUUACCAAUUUCAUGUGCCACCCCGAGAUGCUACUUCCGAUUCCCGAGAUUGACGACCCCCUUGCGAGAUUCGUCGCUGUGGUGAAAUUCUACCUUAGUGGCUGGCACAUUCGCCCCCCAGGAGUCAAAAAGCCCCUAAACCCCGUGCUCGGCGAGAUCUUCACGUGCUACUGGGACUUUCCCGACAAUACGAGGGCAUACUACAUCUCAGAGCAAACAUCACAUCAUCCGCCAAAGUCGAGCUAUUUCUACAUGGUCCCGGGGCACCACAUCAGGGUUGACGGGACGCUGAAACCAAGGAGCAAGUUUUUGGGUAACUCGGCCGCCAGCAUGAUGGAAGGAACGGCAAUUUUGUCCAUCUUGAACAGGGGCAAAGACCCCUUGAAAGGAGAACGAUACAUCCUCACCCAGCCCAACAUGUAUGCCAGGGGCAUCCUCUUUGGGAAGAUGAAGUACGAGCUAGGUGACCACAGCUUCGUGCGGUGCCCGGAGACAGGGCUAUCAGCCGACAUCGACUUCAAGACCAAGGGUUGGGUCAGCGGCACAUACAACGCCAUCGGGGGUUUCAUCAAGAACGACCAUACGGGCGAGAUUCUGUACGAACUCUCGGGGCUGUGGAGCGAGGAGAUGUUCAUCAAGGAUGUGAAGACCGGACAAAAGGAGAUGUUCUUCAACGCUUUGAAGUCGAGACCCAGUCCUCCCAUCUGCCGUCCCCUGGCAGAGCAAGAGGAGCGGGAAUCACAACGACUGUGGGCCAAGACGGCGCAAGCCGUCAAGGACCGCAACCACGAGCUGGCGACCGAAGAGAAGACCAAGAUCGAAGAGGCGCAGCGUGAAGAGGCCGCAAAGCGGGCCAACGACGGCGUCGAGUGGCACCCAAGGCUAUUUAGGAGGGUCAGGGGCGGUCCAGGCGGGCCCGAGGAAGGCGAGGAGGAUCUGGAGUGGAUUAUCAACGCGACAAUAGACGGAGCGACUCCAGAGAAGCAGGCGGCGCAGAUCAUGGCCAUCUACCCGAUCGUCAAAGGCCAGAUAUUCAACCAAAAAAACGCGAUACCCCCUAGGGCCUCGCACGACCAUAGUGGCCGACCCAAAGACCUCGACGGUGGCCAAUACGACCUGAUAGACUUUGGCGACGACAGCCCGGCACAGCAGCAGGCGUCAUCCAGGAAGCAGUCGCCGAGUCAGGGAAAUUCACCGCCCUUGGACCCUUCACACCGCAGCACUGCCGAGAUCCAAGAGAUGCUCUCGUCGACGGGAGCCCGCGCCAACGAGGGGCCUCUGAUCGAUUUCCACGAGGACGUGAAGAAGGAUCUGCCGAGCAGCAUCAAGCGGCCUGACUCGAUCGAGUCAGAUGACGAAUUUGUCGACGCUCAGGGGUGA